UAUCUUAAAAGAAGCUCGAGAAGCACGCAGCUAUUCAUAGACCUGCUUUCCCUACCACUCCUUACGUAUUUCGUUUUUAAGAAACGAUCUGUGUGCGUGUGCAACCCAAGCUGCAACAAAUAUGAAAACCUGUAAAUCCAGUCAUUUGGAUUCGGGGUUAGAAUCAGACCUCCAGUGCAGAAGUGUCGUGAAAUGUGGUUCGGAGCGGAUGGAGAACGCUGCCAAGAGAAGACUGGCUGCAAACGCCAGGGAGAGAAGACGGAUGCAAGGACUGAACACAGCCUUUGACCGCUUGAGAAAGGUGGUGCCUCAGUGGGGCCAAGAUAAGAAACUCUCCAAGUAUGAGACCCUUCAGAUGGCUUUAAGUUACAUCAUGGCUCUCACUAGAAUACUUGCUGAAGCAGAAAGAUACAGCACCGAGAGAGAGUGGAUUAAUCUUCACCGGGAACACUUUCACCCCGAGAGCUACCACCAGUAUAUGGGGCAGAAAGUGGCACCAGACACUGAUUCUUAUGCACAGCUUUUCAGCUAUCAUCCCGAACACUUUCAGAUAGCUAAUUAGAAUUUAUUGUAAACUAUAUAUAAUCAGCAGGCCAGAUGGGUAAUUAAAUAAUUGGAGAGAACUAAUCUGCUUCAAUAAGGUAAUACUGGCAUUAUAAUAGCUCAUGCUUGUUUACAUCUUAACAUGAUUUGACAGAAUAAAUUUCUGUUGAAAACAUUAAAUCAAUAGCCAUUUAAGGAGGUUGAAUAUAUUUGUUUUUACUGACAGAAAACGCAGACUCUUGAUGUCAAAUGUUUCUGACAAUUCUUUCAUAGCUCAUCCAAGUCUUUUACUAAAGUAACGCUUUUUCUUUUUUU